GUGGCAGGCCAGGCGGAUCUGUUUGCAAUCAGCAGCACAGCUGCCAGGCCCACAUCUGGCGUGGCUGCCUUCCAGGGCAGCGUGUUAAAAGGGGACGGAGGGAGGCAGAUCGGAGCCGGCGAGAGAAGGGGGAGCUGAGACUAGAAAGGGCAGCCACUGCCUCUCUCCGCACCGGCCCAGGAUCUCAGCGCAGCAGGUAGGAGAGGGAAAAACUCCCCUUGGCUCAGCUCGUCCUGGCCUGGCUCACGUGUGGCACCAGCCCUUCCCCCCGAGAGGACCAUGAAGCGGUUUCUCCCCGUCCUGCUCUGCGUGGCUCUCAGCUGUGCCGCAAAGCGAAGGCAGCAGCCGGCGGAAUGGGACUACAGAUCCGAAGCUGAGAAGGUGAGCCUGAGGGGAUGUGCCAACCUCACCGUGGUCCUGGACAACUGGAAAUUCGCCAUUGUGACCGAGAUCAAGAACCUGCUCCUGUACGACCACCAAACCGUGCUCCCCGACUACGGCAGGAUUAACUCCCUUUCCGAAGCCCUUGAUGACCUCUACAAAGAAUUCAACGCGCUGAAGGGCCGGCUGGGGGAGCUGAGCACCCGCUUCGAGGGGGUGGAGGCCUUUAUGGAUGAGAUGAACACAAGCAGAGGCCAGACUCCAGCCAAGCCUCCCAUCAGGGCCGCCCAGCCAGAGGCUGACAAACCAGUGGCCGCGACCCCAGCAAAGCGCCGCCGGGUCCUGAUCAGGAACAACCGGAAGCCUGUGGAGCAGCCAGGGGAUGGGUCUCAGUAGGGACCGCCCCAGCCGCACUCCCCGGGGGCCAGAAAUGCUGCGGACUUUCCCAUGCGUUUAGAAGCUGCAUGUGUCUUUCUUUCUUCCCUAAAGAGACAUUUCCCCGCAGGUGGCUGCAGCCGGGAGCCGGGCACCUGGGCGUUCCCCUGCCCUCUGGAUCAGCACCAACUCCUAAGUGGGGCACGAUGCGGCACUUCCCGCUCACUGCCCCGCAUCUGCUGUGUCACCAGCAGGGUGGACUCAGGCAGGAUCCACUGAAUCAUGUUCUGGGGGGAGCUCCUGGACCCAGAGCUUGGCUCUGAGGAGGGACCCUGCAACCAGGUGUUGUGCCCACAACCGGGACCAGGCAGCAGUGCCAUGAGCUGCAGGGAGCGUGGGUCUCUUUGGAUCCAGACUCUAGCUGGUCUUAAUCCACCGCUGGCUGUACUGAAGCACACGCUGGGGCUUGUGGGAGGGGAGCUGGAGGGACGGGGGAAGCUGGGAUCCCACCUUCUGGCAGGAGAAAGGUGCCCAUUGGCUCUGGACGGCACAGCGGGUCAGGCACUUGCCUCUCGCAUGUGGAGUGAGUUUAGGGGGUCUUGGGCUCAUCCCUCCCCCCCUGAAUUUGCUCACUGCACAAAAUAAACCGUGGGGCCAGCUUGGCCCAGACUGCUGUGGGACCGGAGCCAGGGGCUGAGAGGGAGCAUUGGCCUGGGUGCGUGGGGGAGGCUGGUGGGCACCUGCAAAGCCCAGGCCAGCCGAGCUCACCCUUCGCUUGCACAACCAGGUGAAUUCUUUACUAGCUGGAUCUGGCUCUCCAUGUCCGACAGCUGCAUUCCCCUGGGCUUGAGAAGCCCACCUGAAAUCAGCCAGGCCUAGCCACGUGUGUGUGCGGGGAAGGGCCUUAUGCACAGGCAGCCCUAGGAAACCCGUCAACGGGGUGCGGGACUGGGGCUGCAGUGCAAGCGAUCUGGGCCCAGGCCGUUCUGACAGCCUGUGCCGUGGUGUGUGUGGGCGGGAGGGGGGCUUGGCUCAGUCUUCUGGGCUCUAGGGGAGACGGUUGAGCCCUUCCUUGAUUUUUUUCCCCCAACGGGAGGGUGGAGAACCCGCCCCUCGCACCACAUGGCUGGCUGCCCCUCCAGCCGCUUGCUCGCGGGUGAGACGCCCUCGUUUCUGGAACAUUCAAGUUUUGAGGCAAAACAAACAAACAAAAAUCUGGGAAAUUAAAGGACCUGCCAGUUCCGCUUGCUUCGUUCCCGCCCCUCCCCGGGAGCCAGACCCCACGAGGGGGGAGACGCGGGGACAUCAGGGCCGGCGGAACGCCAAGCUGCCACGUCGCCAACUGUCCCUGAUGCGCCGCAGCUGGCUAGCGAGUGAUGCAGCCACCCGGCCUGGGGGGAGAGCUGCAGGCACUGCCCCCCACCCCCCCGCGCCCCCUCAGCCCUUGGGGCUGACAAGCCCCACGGCCUGCAUUUCACAUUCAAUUCGGUGAGGUGCAGGAGGCUCAAAGCACCAGCAUUUUGGAGCCGCGAGAGCAAAUCUGGCCUGGGGCCCCAGAGGAAAUAGCAGUGUCUGGGCCUUGCUCCAGCCCCUAGUGCAACUAGAGAGGCCUGGGGACGCCACAGGACAGGGCCGCACCAAUGCCAGCUCGCCCAUCACGUCGCCUGGCUGUAAUCACAAGCUCCUGCUCUCUCGCUUUCACAAGUAUAUCUGGCAUUCCUUCCCGCUGCGCUGCCCAGGUCCCUUGCGCGCGUGGGGCCAGGGCGCAGCAGGGUGGAGUUCAUGCACCGUCUUCAAAUAAAGACCUUUCUGUUACCGUCA